AUGCAACUUGUUGAGAAGGAGUUGGUUGAUCUUGACACAGACAUCAAUCGAUAUUUAUCGGAGCCUCAUCAUCGUAUUUUUCAUCCAAACUAUUCAUCUCAUUCGAUUACUUUACGAAGAUUACUCUCUCACUCGUCGUCGAUUGCUGUCGAUGAAGGCAUACAACUCAGCUUGUAUCGACCGGGUGACGCUGCUUUCGAACAGUCGACAUUAGCUGAGACAUUGUUUACUAAUGUAAAUCCUAACACAUCGAAUUGGUUGCCAAAGCCACCGGGUACUGUGGCAUUUUAUUCGAAUGAUGGUUCCUCUUUAGCUGGAUUGGUUGUUGAACGAGUAGCAAAUAUGCCCUUCGAUCGAUAUGUCAAAGAAAAAAUUAUGAAACCACUCAGUAUUGAUAUUAACAAAGUAGGUGUUCGCUUAGCUGAUUUUUCAAAUAGAGAAGACCUCGUUAAGCAUUAUGCUUAUGCAUUUAAUGCGUCUAACCUCAACGAAUGGACACAAGGAAUGCCACAAUUGAAUGUGACACAACUUUCGGACAAUUUCCCCACUUGGCUAUAUAUUCCAUUCUUCGGUUUCAGUACCUAUCCUGCUGGUCUCUUUCGCAUGUCAGCUGGUUCUCUAUCUAAAUUUCUUCAAAUGUUUAUGAAUAAUGGAUCUGUUCUUCUCAAUCCUAGAUCCGUUGCUGAAAUGAAAAUGAUAGUAGGCGGUGGUCUCAUUCCAUAUUAUGAUCCGAAUGGAAUAGCCAGUUCCUCAGUUAUACCACUACCCAGCUUUGGACUCAGUUGGAACUGGCAGACAUUGAGUGAUGGACGGCGAUACAUUGGUCAUAGUGGUUCCCUUCCUGGUUCAAGACAUUGGAUGUUAGUUAAUGCAAACAACACUGUUGGUGUUAUCGUUCUUACAAAUGGAGACUCUAAUGUGCCAAUUCAGAAUCAACAACAACAUGAUCAGCAAGACUCUUGCAUAGUUGUUGAUGGUAUAAAUUGGUUCUAUUAUUGGGAUAUAGAAACUCUUCGCUUUGGCCUUAACUAUCAAGCACGAUCAGAUGAUUUGUUCAUUGUAACGUAUCCAAAAAGUGGAACAACAUGGAUGAAAACAAUUGUUUAUACUCUAUUGACAAAUGGACAACCUUUUGACCUUGAUAAUAAAGAUUUUUUUGAACGGUUUCCCUAUCUUGAAUUAGAUGAUGAACAAGCCAUUAUCACCAUGCGACGACCGGGUGCUUUGAGAUCACAUUUACCAAUGAAUCGUAUCCCGUACAAUUCGCAAGCAAAAUAUAUAUGUGUAAUUCGAAAUCCAAAAGAUGUUUGUGUAUCCUACUAUGCAUUCUACAAUACAUGGGGUGGUGUACAUCGUUUGAAUUUCAAUGAAUUCUUUGAACGUUUCAUUCAAGGUCGUCUACCAUUCAAUGACUAUUUUGAAUGUCUUCAAUUAACUUGGGAACGACGUAAUGAUGCAAAUGUUCUUCUUGUUUCUUACGAAGAGAUGAAAAGUGACAUACAAACUGUUAUACAAAAAGUGAGUAAGCUCAAAAAAGUGAAUAUGAGCUGUUAA